UACGACCCGAGAGUUGAGGAGGCGUGGUGAGGGCGGGGGAUGGGUCGCUGAAUGAUAAGACUAGAAGGAGCAAUUGUUCUACACUUUGGUGAGUGCAAGUGAGGAUGACGAUGCCGCAUGUUGGGGCAGUAUUUUCAGCAAUAGCAGGAGUGAUGGCCAUCUUUUUGCACUCCUCUAUUCACAAGAUAGAGGAAGGACACCUCGCUGUGUACUACAGAGGCGGCGCGCUGUUGACUGGUCCCAAUGGUCCAGGAUAUCACAUUAUGCUGCCUUUCAUUACCACCUAUAGAUCAGUGCAGACGACACUCCAGACUGAUGAGAUCAAGAAUGUGCCUUGUGGAACAAGUGGCGGUGUGAUGAUUUAUUUUGACAGGAUAGAAGUGGUUAACAUGUUGGUCCCUUCAGCAGUGGUCGACAUUGUGAGGAAUUACACUGCUGAUUACGACAAAACUCUAAUUUUCAACAAGAUUCACCAUGAAUUGAACCAGUUCUGCAGUGUGCACACGUUACAGGAGGUCUAUAUUGAGCUGUUUGAUAUUAUUGAUGAAAACCUGAAGACUGCGUUGCAGAAAGAUCUUAAUGCUAUGGCACCUGGACUGACAAUCCAGGCAGUUCGUGUUACCAAACCAAAGAUCCCCGAGUCUAUCAGGAGGAACUUUGAACUCAUGGAAGCAGAGAAAACCCGUCUUCUGAUAACGGCUCAGACUCAGAAAGUCGUGGAAAAAGAAGCAGAGACUGAAAGGAAGAAAGCCAUCAUUGAGGCUCAGAAAGUUGCUCAAGUUGCAGAGAUCCAGUUCAAACAGAAAGUCAUGGAGAAAGAGACGGAGAAGAAGAUCUCUGAAAUAGAAGACGCUGCUUUUUUGGCCAGAGAGAAGGCUAAGGCUGAUGCAGAAUAUUACACUGCUGCCAAGUCUGCUGAAGCAAACCGGCUGAAGCUAACGCCAGAGUACCUGGAGCUGAUGAAGUACCAGGCGAUAGCAGCUAAUAGUAAGAUCUACUUCGGCCAGGACAUUCCUAACAUGUUUGUCGAAGGAAACAACAGCCCCUCGAAGUCUGCUCCCUCCCCCAGUUUGCCGAACGCUGAAUCGAACUUGUUUAGAGGAAAACCAAAGGAGCACUGAGUCCACAGCUCCGCGAAGGACAGGCGAACUUGAUCACGGUCGGUCUUGUCACUGAAGCUGAUGAGAGGGGGGUGGGGAUUAGCUUUGCAACCAGUUUGGUGAACGGCACGUUUCAGGCUUAAAACUAAAUGUCUAAAAGAGUGAAAAAGUGAAGAGAGAAGUGGGGACGAAGAGUUUUUAACCCACCUUUUGUUCUGUGUGGGGAAACGUGAAUCGGCAAGAGUGAUGCCAUAGUCUUAAAAAUAAAGAUAAAAAUGCUUCUGCCUGAGAAGGUGACAACAAAUGGUCACCCUGAUCUUUAUGUGCUUUAUUAGUACGUUUAUUUCUCUGAUUUUGGAGCUGCUUUCAUUGUACGUUUUAUUUUUUUGAGGAAUGAUUUGUGUUGGUGAGGUUUUGAUGAUUUGUGAGAAUUAACUUCUGGUUUUGCUGCACUGAAGUCUGACAGGUGACACUAAUUAAAAGCUGGAAGGUUUAUGUAAAUUAACAUAAUUUAAGUCAUCUCUGUGCCAUCUUUUUUUCUUUCUGAGUCAGUCGUUGGCUGUGUCAGAACACGAGUCUGUUAAAACCAUUUAAUUGCACUUCAGACCCUGCUCAUGGUGGAUUUUGACAGGCAAAUUAAAGAGCAGCAUACAAGUAAAUUUUAUCUGGCUGAAGUCCUCCAGCUUAGUGUUGAACAUUGAAUUGCAGUGGAUGAAUGAUGUCAGGUUGUUAUAGUUGUUUUUUGCAAUUGUUGAGAUCUGCUGACCUACUUUGGCAUUUACAUUGAUGUGAAGGGGUAAAAAUAGAAAAAUAGUCUGAUUUUUAACCCCUUAUUCACCUCUGCAGGUGGCCACUACCAAACAAGAAGUUUAUUUGUUCUCAGAAUGAAGAGAAGCCAGCACAUUUCUUUGUUUUUUCUGGUUUUUGAUCGACGCGGCUGUGCAUGCACAAGUACCUCUGCUUGAUUCGGAUGAUUAAUAGAGCCUGUGAUCGUCUGCCAACUCUCCUCACGUUGUUAAAUGUAAAUUCUCAGGAAAUGACAGUUUUUUAAAAAGACAGCUGUCUAAAAUCAACCAAAACCACUUGGCUAUAGUCUCUUUUUUUAAAGAAUUUAGCUGAAAUAAACCUACAGAUGUGUAAAAUGACAGUUUGAUUACACCACUACAUAUUAGAAAUCAAUCUUUAGCUAUCAAUGAUUACUUUUUUUGUAAUUAUAGAAAUGAUUAACUGGAAAUGUUUAUGGGAUUUACUAAUUAGAGUUGUUUUAAGGGAUUUCUGGCAACACAGAGCUUCUAAUUUCAAAAGUGCUAAAAACGUGUGUGAAAAUGAAUUGAAUCUGUCGCAACAAUAACUCAACACUUCUCAGAAACUGUUCUUGUUCCUUUUUCGAAUUAAAGGUUGAUGUGGUUUGAUUAAAAUGAUUCAAGUUGGUGCUAGUUUUUCUUUUUUUAAAGUUUAAGCUUUUCAAGCUUUGUGCUUCAAUAAAUGAAUUCUUUUUUCACUAUUCAGAAUUCAAGCCUUAAACGAGAGAGGGUUUCCCAAAACUUGCAGACUGAAAGAUUCAAAUUAAAAGGCACCUUUUGGAUCCUAGUUAGGUUUAAAAAAAAUAAAUGACUGUCACUUCACGUUUAAGCUUUUGGAGGUACCCUGCUGUUUACGCAACUGCCCCGCUGCAGGUAAAGGUUGCRCUCUGCGUUGAUUUGGUGAUGGGUUCAAAUAAAAAUGCAAAAGAGGUGUCAAUAUUUUGUACAAUCUGUGACAUGUUAAACAUUGUUUCCUUGUUUUAAAAGGUUUAUAUGCAAAAAAAACUGUUUUUCCAGGUUUUGACAAUGUUCUGUAAAAUAAAACCUAUUUUGGUACCUCUCUGCUC